AUGUUCCUUCGUUCGCGGUUAACCAUGCCUGGGAUUCCACAAGCAUACCUUCUGAGUCUCACUACCAUACUAUUGUAUUUAGAGCUGAGAGAAUCUUCAUUUGAGUGCUUAGGAAGAAUAAGAAUGGCUCAGAAAGCGACGCUUGGGUACAAUCCCAUGUUCAUUCUGGCUCCUGGCCAAAAUUUCUGCAACAUUCACAGUUAUCUCGUCAUUUAUCAAACUAAGUACGACUUCACCAUUUUGUUUCCAACUGGUCUCUCGUCGGACACCACAGUAAAUGAAGACGUCAAAAAAGAGCAUAGAAAAUAUGGCGACAUAUUACAAGCUGACUUCAUAGACACUUAUCGAAAUCUUACCUUUAAAACAUACGCGCACUCUCGUUACGUAAGCCAGAAUUGUAUGAAUGUGCGAGCUGUCCUUAAAGUCGACGACGAUGUUGCUUGGAAUCUCGUGCUUAUGUUUGGUUAUCUGUCUAGAACUGAUCCUCAAGAGAAUACUCUGCAUUGCAGAACACUCGACGACGUCUUCAGCACGGGAUUAGUCGGCAGAGAGGCAGGAGUUAUAUUCAAACCAUUGUUACUGAAUAUGGAUACUAAAGACUAUCGUCCAUUCUUGAAUGGAAGUGUAAUAGCACAGUAUCUGAACCAAACAGAUGACUUCACGUCACUGAUGUACUCACUGAAAUCCGGAAAUUAUUCUCCAGUGUCCUUGACACUCCUCUGA